GGAUUUUUAAAACUAGAGUUGCAGAAUAGCUGCAUUAAAAUAUGGGAAAGCAAUUACUUUCUUGCAAUUCCACUGUUCAAUUUCAGAACAGCCAUGGAUGCAUGUGGGGUAUAUUUCAUAUGCUUGAUUACCAUCGUUGGCAUAACGUUAAAAGGGUCUUUCCUCACAAAAGGCAUUACUUGGGAAGACAUGCAAGACAUUAUAAGAGAAGGAACGCUUUGUCCAAUGACGGUGAUAGUGAAGCCCAGCAAUUUGAGAGUAUGGAUGUUAAACCCCUACUGGUUAGGCAACGUAGCAAAAAAGUCAGUGCAACUGGCAAGAGUUCUGUCAGAAAGAGGAAAACAGGAUUGCAUAUUGAAAGUAGGUCCAAAGAAGAAAGUUCCAAAGAUGGGAUCUUAAGCUCACAUAGUAGGCCACAGGAUUUUGAGUCUUCUGAUGAAUCUGCAGUAGAAACUAGUAAACUUGGAAGGGAUGUUUUCAGUAAGUUUAAGGAGCAUGCUGAUGUUGUGGAGGUUUUCAGAGCAGAAAAAGAUUUUCUCCUGAAAUUCUUAAGAGAUCUGGACGUGGACGCUAAAAGCUUUCAAAGCAAGAAAGCAAGAUUGACAAAAUCAGGGUCAUUCCCCAUAGCAGCAUCUUCACAAAUGCGGAAUCUUAAAUCAAGAAGUACCAUCAAACACAAGCAAACAGAAAUUUGGGCCUUUCCAAAGGGAGAAAAGUUGCUUGCUGGGACUCGAGCACUAAAAAUGUUUGCAAAAGAUGGUGCUUAUAUGAAAGAAGUGCCAUUAGUGGGUGAUUAUGAUAUGGACAGUGCUAUGAAACAAACAGGAUUUGCUUUGUCAAGACCUUCAAAUGGAUUAAAUCACAAACAUAAAGGGUGGAAUCAACUGGUUCUUCAUCGUUUCAAAGUCAUAAAGCAGAGGAUAAAGCAUGCUCUUAUGGAAUUCACAAAAAAUGGUUAUCAUACUUCUCUCGAAGCUUUCCGCCGUAGAGUUUCGUAUGAAAAUAGGCUUGGGAAAGAGCUGUCGCAGAGUUUAGAGGAUGGCGUGAUUGAGAAUAUAAGUUCAGAUGAGAUUAAGGCCCCUGAUUAUGACUCCAACAGACGUGAAACUCCCCUCGUAAGAAGAACAUCUUCUCUAAAUGAAUCACUGGAUAAAUAUACUCAAUUAUUUGAGCGAAGUUUUGGCAAAGACGUCAAGUGGCAUAGCUCAAAGUCCAAGAGCUUAAAAGUCACAAAUGCAGAUAGCAAUCACACAAGUGGCUAUGCUCCAAAGUUGACCAAAAGGAACUUGUCUCUCCCUAAUAUUGAGUCCAUAGGCUUCAUUCUUCAUGAGGCCAUUUGCGAUGCAAAUGAUGCAGGGAGUAUUCCAGCAAACACUUCCUUGGAUAAUAACAAAAAAGAAGAAACUGAUAUUCCUGUUCAACGAAAAUUAGCAAGCCUUCUUGUGAGCAAAGACAAACCAUUCGGUGAUAUAAUCGAGACUGAAGUUAAGGAAGAGGAUGAAAGUAGUGGGAAGGAUGAGACUCCCAAUGCUUUACCCCAUUCAGCUGCGGAAAAUGGAAGUUCCUAUCAAGAAAAUGCAGAAAUAGAAGUGACUACGGAUUGUGGCAAUGAUAUGAUGGACAUUCUUGAAGCUAGCAGUGAAGACAAUGCAACCGACAAUACAAGAGGCACAGAGAGAGAUACAAGAGGCUCUAGCGUGAAUGAUAUGGAGGCAGAUUUACAGAAAAUAGAAAGCAGAUACCCUUUGGAAGCAAAAGGGAUGAACAGGAACAGUGACAGCUAUUUCCUGCACUUGGAAUCAGAUAUAAUAAAUGAUUCAAAUUUCAAAUAUGUGAAGCACAUUAUUGAGCUUUCAGGCUUCAUGGAGAAUGACCAUACUCAAAUGUGGCACACAGUGAACCAACCGCUAAAGCCCUCCUUGUGCAAAGAAACUCAAUGCUUUGGAGAAGAGAUUGGCAAACCAAUUGAUCAUCAGCUUUUUUUUGAUAUAGUGAAUGAGAGUUUGCUUGAAAUAUAUGAAGGAUCAUCUACCCACUUCCCUAGGCCCUUCUCCUUCAACCUUCGCCUUCAUCCCAUACCAAAGGGUCAUCGUCUUCUUAACGAAGUGUGGGCUCGAGUUAACUCGUAUCUGAGCUUAAUGCCGGAGUUAGAUCAGACAUUAGAUGAUGUUGUGAGACGAGAUUUGGCAAGCAAUGGCUGGAUGAACCUUCAAAGUGAAGAAGAGCAUGUAGCACUUGAACUAGAGGACAUGAUUGUCGAUGAUUUGUUAGAUGAAAUAAUCUUCUCUUGA